CAAAAAGAUAGAAUCAAAUGCGAUGCCGUCGGUUGAAAGCGUCCUGCCGAAGGAGAACGACGGUGCUACGAACCAACCGGACGAUGAGGAUGAGGAUGAGGCCAAGCUGAAGGAAAAACUACAAACCUUAAAAGGUGACCGAAUCGGUGAAACAAUGUUCUCGGAGCGCUUCGUCCUGUCCACCGUCCUGAGGCUGUCCCAGCUCACCGACCAGCAGCCGCUCGAGACCGACGACGACUUUGAGCGUGAUCUGUGCAACCUCUGGGACAUGACGAUCGAACCGGACGUGGUGCGGUUUCUGCUGCAACAGGAAGCCGUCGAACUGUUCCUGGCACUGGCGGCCCGCUCGAAGGACUACCGGUUGGUGGAGAUUCUGAUUGGAAUCGUCGGCAACAUGUGCUGCGUGGAAGAGAUGCACGAUCUGCUGCACCGCCAGAGUGACCUACUGUUGGCCCUGUGUGACUUCCUGGCCGUCUCCGACAGUCCGACGUUGGUUCAGCUAAUGCGCACUCUCACGACCCUGUUCGAUCGUUCGGACGACGAACGGUACUGCUGGUUCGGUGUGGUCAGAAGGGCCGACAAUCUGACGGAGAAGCUGUCGCUCAUCCUCGCCACCAGCACCAAUCGGGCGCUGCUGGAGCACACGGUCGAAACGAUCAGUGCCAUGAUCAACCGGUUCACCGAGGCCGAAGUAGACUACGCGCAGUUGAACGAGUUCUACCGGCUGUUUGCCAAAAGUUGCCUCCCGGUGGGCCUUUUCGAAGCAUUCCGGCAACUCUAUCCGGCACCGGCAGCCGCGCGGCCGGACAGUGGCUUUGAGGAGGACGCACUAACGGUGACGGAUCUGAAAACGUUGCGUCGUUUCAUGGAAAUUCACGAGCACUUUGUGGUGAACGCGAACGAACUGUACGAACCGCACGUGGAGGAGCUGGUGCAGUGCGUGUACCGCGUGCUGGUGGCCCUGAGUGGCCAGAGUAUGCUCUUUCCGCUCACCAAGAACCACGUCUGCAUUCUGGUGUGCGUGAACAACAUCUACAGUGGGAUUAUGUACCAUUUCCAUGCCGAUUCCUUCAUUACCAUGGUACGAAUCUACGGUCUGCUGGUAGCGACGACCAGUAACUCCAGAACUGAGCCAUCGGGGGGCAACGAUCGGCAGCUGCGUGAGCUGAACGGUGAGGACGUGGACGACGGCGAAGAGUUUGAUGUGGAAACGGCAUCGGCCGAACUGCUCGAGGCGAUCUUUUUCCUCAUCGGUCCGAUCGACGAACAAAUCAUACGCCACGCCGUGCAGGAGGCCCGGUUCGAAGAGCCCUUCAUUGAGGAGCUCUGCCGGAGUAUGUGUGACGCGAUGGACGGUGAACCGUUGCUCCAUCAAACGUGCGCUAAACUGCUGAAUGCGGCCCGAAUACGGCCACCGCCGGUAGACGGCGCCACACCAAUGGUUGCUGACGAUGGUUUGGUUGCAGCCGGCACUUCACAGGCAGAAUAA